UAGUGGAAACCCACAACACCCCCAAGUUACACCGGAACCAAACAAGAGCGCGUGCGCAGCUGCGCAGUCACCCUGCAAACAUGGCGGUUCUUCUUGAAACAACUUUGGGUGAUAUCGUCAUUGAUUUAUUUACAGAAGAAAGGCCUAAAACAUCCCUGAAUUUCCUGAAGUUAUGCAAAAUCAAAUUCUACAAUUACUGCCUCAUCCACAAUGUCCAGAGAGAUUUUAUUGUGCAGACUGGAGAUCCCACUGGGACUGGCCGUGGUGGAGAAUCUGUCUAUGGUAAACUAUAUGGAGACCAGGCCCGCUUCUAUGAUGCAGAGAAAAACCCACGGAUCAAACACAGAAAGAAGGGGAUGGUGUCCAUGGUGAACAAUGGCAGUGACCAACAUGGUUCUCAGUUCCUGAUCACCACUGGUGAGAACUUGGACUACCUGGAUGGGGUCCACACUGUGUUCGGAGAGGUGUCAGAGGGUAUGGACGUCUUGGCCAAGAUCAAUGAGACCUUCGUUGACAAGGAUUUCAUCCCUUUUCAGGAUAUCAGAAUAAACCACACUGUGAUCCUGGAAGACCCUUUCGAUGACCCUGCUGACUUGCCCGUGCCUGACCGCUCCCCUGAGCCUACCAAGGAACAGCUGGAUAGUGGUCGUAUUGGAGCUGAUGAAGUGAUCAACGACACAGAUGGGAAGAAGGCUGAGGAGCUGGAUGAGCUGCUGAAGGAGAAGGAGGCCAAGACACAGGCUAUCCUGCUGGAGAUGGUGGGUGAUCUCCCUGAUGCGGAAGUGAAACCUCCUGAGAAUGUGCUGUUUGUGUGUAAGCUGAACCCUGUGACCACAGAUGAAGACCUGGAGAUCAUUUUCUCCCGCUUCGGACUUAUUAAGUGCUGUGAGAUCAUCAGAGACUGGAAGUCAGGAGAGUCUCUGUGCUAUGCUUUCAUCGAGUUUGAAAAGGAGGAGGACUGUGAAAAGGCCUUCUUCAAGAUGGACAAUGUGCUCAUAGAUGACAGGCGCAUACACGUGGACUUCAGCCAGUCUGUUUCAAAGAUCAAAUGGAAAGGCAAAGGUGGAAAGUAUACCAAGGAGGACUUCAAGGCCUAUGAAAAAGACGCGGGAUCCAAAUUAGCUCUUAAGGAUAAAGUCAAACCUAAGCAGGACUCCAAAUACGACCUGCUUUUAGAGGAAGAGGAAGAAGGAACAAGCCAUCGGCAUGCUGAGAAGAAACACAAGGAUAAGAAACACAAUCACUCGGAUGACGAGGACACCAGGAAAUCCAAGUGGAACAGUGAGGAGCCCAGGCGGGAGAGAAAGGCAGACCGGCAGCAUUCACGCUCCAGGGAAAGAGACCGCCACCACAAGCACAGCAAGUCCCGUGAAAAGCACCGCCCAGAGAGGAGCCGCAGUCGCUCACCCAAGAAGUCUAAAGACAAGGAGAGGAGCAGACACCGAUGAUGAGAGAGGGAGAGGAACAGGGAUGAGGCCAAUUCCAUUUAAAUUCCCCAUCCAUAUAUGGAAUUGGAAAAUCCUCUUUGAAAAAUAAAUGUCAGUUCAUUUCAUGAAUUGACUAAAUUGAAAUGGAAUUGGACCGCCCUGAUACCUGUCACUGUGGCCCCUACUACCCCAACACCACUCAUGUCUGAGAGAGCAGCACUAGGGACUCGGCCCUCACAUUACAUGGGGGGAAUAUCCUGGGAUGUUUACCCUAAUUACCUGGAAGUAACACAGUGUUACAUAACCUGAGAACACUGCUCAUUAUGAAUAAUAAAACAUUUCCGCCUGAA